AUGCUAAACGAAAGACUUCCAAUGACAACAUACUUCGUCAGAAAUUACAAAGAAAUCUUGAAGGAGUGUGGUGGAAUGAACAUUGAGAAACAGAUGAAAAUAUAUACAAAGAGAGAGAACAAAUAUGUAGUUCGUUAUGAUAGAACUACACCGCUAUGGGAUGUUAUGAAAACAUUGUGGGAGUGCAAAUAUUUCGAACCUAUUUCUUAUGGAGAACUUUUCACAUAUACGACUGACUUAUAUAAACAGAACCUUGCACCAUUUAAAGAUUUGACAUAUGCUCCAAAGUAUUGUGUACAACUGAAGAAGAAAGCAGAGUCAAAAGAAGUAAAUAAAAAUAAGUGCAAGUUCAUUCCUGAGCACGUUUUCUUUGCUGACUUUGAGUGUAGUACCGAUGGCUUUCAUAAAGCUUUUAACAUAUGUUACGACAGUGAAGAUGGUUCAGUGAGUGAAAGCAUUUGGGGUCAGAACUGUGCAACAGAAUUUUUGGAACGACUUCCUGACAAGAGUUUAAUAUAUUUCCAUAACCUCAGCUAUGAUAUAAACUUCAUCUUAAGACACAUGACAGAAGUGAAAGGAACUCCCAUCAUUAAAGGUUCACGAACAAUGCAAAUAACUGGUUUAUAUAAAGGACGGGCAAUUAUUAUAAAAGACUCUUACAGUGUUAUAAAUAAGAAGCUUAAACUAUUUCCUGCUAUGUUUAACUUACAAACAGGACCGAAAGAAGUAUUUUCAUACAACUACUACAGCAGUGUUUUGUUAGCAAAUGACAACAGAACUGGUGUCAUUUCUGAAGCAUGUAAGUUUAUCCGGGAUGCAGAUACAUUCAUGAAGAACAUAGAUUCCAUCAAAGGUUGCAGAAUAGAUGAGAACCACUUCGACUUAGAAAAAUAUAGCACGUUUUACUGCAAACAAGAUGUAAGAAUUUUAAGAGAAGGUUUUGUAAAGUUCCGCAAUGACUUAUUGAAAGAGUUUGAUUUAAACGUUUAUGACUACGUUAGUAUUUGUUCUAUUGCUAACAAAUUGUUUGAGAACAGAGUAUACUUCCCGAAUGGAAAUCUUUAUGACCUCUCAAAUAAACCAAGAGAAUUUAUUUCGAGAUGCAUUCAAGGUGGAAGAUGUAUGUUGUCAGAUAACAUGAAACAAAAGAGAGAAAAGAAACUCAUUGCUGACUUCGACGCUGUUUCAUUAUAUCCAUCCGCUAUAGCAAGACUUUAUACUUUAGAAGGAAUUCCAAAAGUAUUGAAGGAUGAGAUGUUAAGCACAGAGUAUCUCAUGAGACAUUUAUUCGAUGACGACCAAAAGGAACCCAUUGGUGAAAAGUUUAUGUCUGGCUUCUCUGUUCUCAUUAAGAUAACAGAGAUUGGAAUACAUAGACACUUUCCUUUAAUAGUUUGUGACCCUGAACUAAAUCCAGAACUUAAC